GCAAGCGCACUUGAGCCGCCUGGACCUGGUUGCCUUAGCAACUGUUUGGCGUCUUUGUCCCUGAGGGCGGGAGUCGAGGGCGCUAAAAUGGAGGACCAGAAGCCAAGGACUGAACUUCAGAGGUUUUACCACCAGUUGCUGAGUCCACUGUCGCUUUUCCCGCGCAGGGCGACGCCCCCAGAGUUUUCGCAGCGCCGUCCAGAGGAGGUCUCGAGGUGGCAGACAGUACCGCUCGCUAAACUGAGGGUGGCAUCGCUGUGCCACCAAGUGGCCAAGCUGCUGGCCAGUAGCGGGCUGACAGCACGGGUGUCUCCCAAGGACCGACUCCGUCUCACCGAAGUCAUCCUGAACGAGUUGAAGUGCAGCUGGCAGGAGCCUCCUGCUGAACCUAGUCUUAGCUAUGGGAACAACCAAAAGCUACGGAAGCGGCUCGAGGCCUAUGUCCUGCUUAGUACUGAGCAGCUCUUCCUACGCUACCUGCACCUGCUGAUGACUAUGUCAACUCCCAGGGGGGUCUUCACAGAGUCAGCCAUCCUCACCCGGUUGGCUGCCAGCCUUGCCAGGGACUGCACAGUCUUCCUCACCAGUCCCAAUGUCUACCAUUGCCUGCUCAAGGAUUUCCAGGCACUGCUGAAGGUAGAACAGGCCCCUGACAACCUGGGCAAGCUACACCCCAUCUGCCCCACUGGGACCUUCAAGCUCUGCCCCAUCCCCUGGCCUCACAGCACUGGCUUUGGCCAAGUGCCUUGCUCUAGCCUCAAUUUGAACUACCUCAUCCAACUUAGCCGCCCACCAGAGUUUCUCAGGGAGCCUGAACUGGAUCCAGUGAAAGAAUUGAAGUCCAUCCCUGAGCUAAAGAGUAAAAAGCAUCUUCACUGGCUGCCCUCCAUAAGAAAGGAGAGAGAAAUCAAUUUGAGUUCCUCACAGAUGGUACCACUACCCAGCCACUCUGCAACUCCCACCAGUGUGGCUUCCCCUCUGUCCUUCCCUCUCUACUCUCAGCUCCAGAGAGGCCAGUCCCUGCCUUCUCUGCGUGAAGGCUGGAUGUUGGCAGAUGAGCUGGGCCUUCCUCCACUCUCCACUCGCCCCUUGACCCCAUUGAUUUUGGCUCCAGAGAGCAAACCAGAGCUGACUAGGGACAUUGUGGCUGAGGAUCUGAAGCAAAAGAUGAAGAACAUGAAUUGGGAGUGGACUCACUACUCACCUUUGGACUCAGGUCUGCCCCGGCUCCUGGGCGCCGUGACCUGCCGCCCAGCUGCUGAACAUCGCAUGGUAGAGCUGCAGAAAAUGUUGAAGAGGCUCCAGGAGGAAGAAGUCUCUGGACAGUGCAACCCUCAGCUCCCCAAAUCACCUCCACUUCAACCACAGCCAGUGACCAUUCCUUUGAAGCUAAGAAAUCAGGCUGUGGUCCAGGUAGCUGCUAUGCAGCUCUCUGAUAGAAACUUUUUGGAUGAUUUCCAUGUUGAGGAGGCUGAAGUCCUGUAUAACCACCUGGCUGGUGAACUAGACUCCAAAGCCUUGGAAGAAAUGGAUGUUGAUUACUAUGUUGCCAAUAGCCUCAAAGAAGUCUACAAGGAGUUAAUGAGCUGUGUCUCUACUAACCACCUCUGUUUUGACCAAGGACCCCUAGUUGAAGCUGCAGCAGAGAAAAACUGGCCAACCUUCCUGUCCUCAGCUUUUCUAUGUCAAGAAAAACAGUUUCAAAUGAUCAACCCUGACCUAGCUAGACUUUACUCCCAGAAAACAAACACUUUGGAGUCCAUCCCUGAGAAGAAAGCUUCUCUCCCAUCAACCCAAGCAGCCAAAGGCUGGGAGAAGCGGUCAAAUAAGGCCUCCUGGAUGAGCUGGUGGAAAAGCACCUUGUCUGUGGAUGACUACUUCAAGUACCUCACAAACCAGGAGACAGAUUUCCUCCAUGUAAUUUUCCGAAUGUAUGAAGAGGAAGUUCCUGUAGAGGUAUCAGCCCCUGUCAGAGAGUCCCUAGAGAUUCAACGUCCUCCUCCCUUGAUAGAAGAUGAAGAACCAGACUUUGUUCCAGGAGAGUGGGACUGGAGCACAGUGCUACAGCACAAGCUACAAUCUGGGAGGCCCAAUAUCCUGAGUCUGCAGCAGCGUCUGGAACGACUGUGGUCCAUGCUUGAGGUCCCCAACAAGGCCCGACUGGACAUGGCUAUUAAGUACAGCUCCAACGCCCGUUUGCAGCAGCUCCCAUCGCUAGUGAAGGCCUGGGAGCAGGCUAUGAGGUCCAUUCAGCUUCGAGAGGUAUGGCUGGGGAGACUGGAGGGGUUUGAGCAACAAGCUUCUGACCCCAACCGCUUCUUCCAAAAGACUGACUUGGACCUAAGUCACCUCCUGGAGCAAGAUCAGUUCCGAAGCUAUGUCCAAAAGCAGCUCAAUAAAAUGGAGCCACCUUUGGUUUCCCUUCUAGAGGAGAUUGAACUAAUCUUUGGUGAGCCAGUGAUCUUCAAAGGCCGGCGCUACUUGGACAAGAUGAAACGGGACAAAGUGGAGAUGCUAUAUUGGCUCCAACAGCAGCGGCGGGUUCGAAAUCUGAUCCAGGCCCAGAAGUCCUCCCUCCAAUCAGCCCCAUUCAGGAGUAACAGCAGCCAUCCUUUAAUUGCUCCUGGGAAUAGUCCCACUGACCUUUAACCAAGCCAAGUACCCUUAAGUCCCUCCCUCACCCGGAAACAACCAGUAGCUCAUCUGACCUCUUAAUGACUUUAGAAGAAGAAAUAUGGGUAUCUCUAUCUGGGGGCUCAGGACUCAGAAACGUAUUUCCAACUGUAAGUGACUGAGGAUAGGUCCUUGUUUUGACAGUGAAAUUCUUAUAAAAGAAUCCCCAUACCCAGUAUUCCCAUUUAUGACAACAGCUUCACAUAAUACAAAUAAAAUCUCA